CGCUCGGCCAUGGGGCGCGGGAUGUGGCUGCCGCUGCCGUCGCUGCUGCUGCUGCUGCUGCUGCGGGGCGCCGCCGCCGCUGCAGGUCUGGGCGGUGUGGCAGGAGCGAGCAGCCCCUGUGAAAAGGCCUGCAACCCCCGCAUGGGCAACCUGGCGCACGGGCGGGUGCUGCGCACGGAGACGUCCUGCGGGCAUGAUGCCGCCGAGCCCUUCUGCACCUACACCGAGGACACCGAGCGCCGCUGCAAGCGCCCCACCUGCGGCCGGUGCAGCCGAGCCCACGCGGGGCUGGCACACCCCCCCGCCGCCAUGGCUGACUCCCCCUUCCGCCUGCCCCGCACCUGGUGGCAGGCAGCCCAGGAUGCCCCCAGCGAGACCAUCCAGCUGGACCUGGAAGCCACCUUCUACUUCACUCACUUGAUUAUGGUCUUCAAGUCGCCCAGGCCGGCUGCCAUGGUGCUGGAGCGCUCCCAGGACUUUGGUGAGACGUGGAAGCCUUACAAAUACUUUGCUGCUAACUGCUCAGCCACCUUCGGGCUGGAGGAUGAUGUGAGGCAGAGAGGAGCCAUUUGCACUUCCAGAUAUUCAAGUCCCUUCCCCUGCACUGGAGGAGAGGUGAUAUUCCGAGCCCUGUCACCACCUUACGCCGCGGAGGACCCUUACAGUGUGGAAGCCCAGGCACAGCUGAAGAUCACCAACCUGCGAGUGCGGCUGCUGGAGCGGCAGGGCUGCCCCUGCCUCCCGGCCCCCCAGACCCCCCAGCCCACGCCAUCCCUGCACUUUGCCAUCUAUGACUUCAUCGUCAAGGGCAGCUGCUUCUGCAAUGGCCAUGCUGACCACUGCAUCCCUGUUGCUGGAUUCAAGCCCAUCAAGGCAGCUGGUGUUUUCCAUGUGGUCCAUGGGAAAUGCAUGUGCAAGCACAACACAGCAGGGUCCCACUGCCAGCACUGUGCCCCGCUCUACAAUGACCAGCCUUGGCAGGCUGCCGACGGCAAAACUGGAGCCCCCAAAGAGUGUCAGUCGUGCAAGUGUAAUGGGCAUGCCGACACUUGUCAUUUUGACAUGGAUGCGUGGCUGGCAUCAGGCAAUCGCAGCGGCGGUGUCUGUGACAACUGUCAGCACAACACAGAAGGGCAGCACUGCCAGCGCUGCAAGCUGGGCUUCUACCGGGACCUCAGGAAGCCCUUCUCUGCCCCAGAUGCCUGCAAACCUUGUUCCUGUCACCCCCUGGGAUCGGCUGUGCUUCCCCUGGGCCCCCGCACCUUCUGCGACCCCAGCACCGGUGACUGCCCCUGCAAGCCCGGUGUGGCGGGGCCCCGCUGUGACCACUGCCUCCCCGGCUACUGGGGCUUUGGAGCCUAUGGCUGCCGCCCCUGUGACUGCGCCCGCAGCUGCGACCCCCACACCGGCGACUGCCACAGCAGCAGCUCAGAUGUGACCUGGCACAACGAAGCACCUCCUUUCCAGGCAGUGCUCAACGAGAGCGAGCCCACCUGGGGCUGGGAGGAUGAACAGGGCUUCUCAGCACUCCGACACUCCGGUAAAUGCGAAUGUAAAGAGCAAGUUUUAGGGGAUCCCAAGGUCUUCUGUGGGAUGAAGUACACCUAUGUGAUCAAAACGAAGAUCUUGUCAGCUCAUGACAAAGGCUCCCAUGCAGAAGUUAAUGUGAAGAUCAAGAAAGUCUUGAAAUCUACAAAGCUGAAGAUCCUCCGGGGCAAGAGAACACUCUACCCUGAAUCAUGGACUAACAGAGGCUGCACUUGUCCCAUCCUCAAUCCCGAGAGCAAAACUAAGCUCCAGCUGAUACACCUUUCUUUACAACUCCAAGAUAAAUCAACAGUUACCAACUAAUUCAGGUAAAGGAUUUUCUUUCCAUAAGGUGCAUACACCACUUGGAAAUCAGCAACUGAAGCGCUGACUUCGGUACUGAGACAUCCCUUGUGUGCAGCAUUAGAAACUUCUUUUCGGGGUAAAGGGCUGUCUGUGAAACUGGAUCAUGCAGAAAGGUUACUCACUGAUGAGGUGUUUGCAGUCUUCUUUCAUCUCCACUGGAGUGACUGUCUAGUUUUGAAGGCAUGCUGCCAAGAUAGCGCACCUGUAACUAUGAAGUCUUGUCAGGUGCAAAGGUUGGAUGAAUCAGCAGCAUUAGGCAAGGUUCUGCUAUUUAAGUGCAAUAAGACUUUGGAUAUUGCUAGAACACCAUAAAUCCAUAAUCAAAUAGCUAUAGCUAUUUUAUUUUUCUGCAUGCAAUGGAAACACAAGACAGCCCAGAUGCAGCUGCCUUAAUAUGAACCUGGAGAAAUGCUGUGGAAGCUGUCUGAAACCAAGCAUGCAGGGCAGCCCCACGCCUAACACCCAGCUUUGCCACUCCACUAACUUUAGAGGAGCUUCACUGAUUUUCCCCAACAGAUGAAAAGACAGCAGUAAUCACAGAAUCAAUUAAGAUCUCUUAGACAGCAGGAGAAGGGUGGAUAUGCAACUGUCUUUAGGAAUAAUUCAGGUGUGUGACACAUCAGGUGUUUCUCCCUUGUUACUCCCUUGACAGCUGUCAUGAUUUACGUUGCAAAGCUUGGUAUUGCAUUGAAAUGCAGCUGCUGGUCCUGUGAGUAUAAAUUAAUCUCAGCCUUCACAUUGAAAAGAAGCCGUGAAGUUCAGUGCUAAUAGGAAACUUGAAAACAUAAAUUGAGUGCAUCUUUAAGAUUCAAUAAUUUCAAAGGGGGGGGGAAAGAUCCCAGGUAUUUUUUAAAGACUCAGUAUUUUCUUUAGCUACCACAGUAAUUUCUGAGUGGUUGGCAAUGCAAUAUUAGCAGAUUUAACCCUCUUUCAGAGUAAGAGCUUAUGACCUCCAGAUGAAUAAACCAACAAUAGCUGGAUGAAAAGUCAAGCUGAUAUUAAACAAUUCUCUGACAUAUAACUACAGUGGAAAUCACAUCUCCCAAAAACAUAAAGGAGACCAAAGAUGAACAUAAAAGUAAGACAGAUGUGGUUUUAUGUCUUCGUGGGCUGUUUUCAGAUUAUAAACAUACUUAAGUUCCUACAAGAUGAGUCUCUUCACCACCCUUGCACACCUUUCCCUCCACACACACCCACAGAGGCAGAUUGGACUUCUGUGGGGACACUGAGCUGAAAGGUUUAAAGGUCUCAGCUGUUUGCAAGGGAAAAGAAGACCUUCCCCUCCUUGGCUCUGCCAAGCACAGACACAGGUAGGCAGAGAGUUGCCUACCUCAUUUUAAUUUUACUCUUCUGUAGCACUGGGUUGCAAAUCUAGAAAGCCCUACAACAGUGAGCAACCGUGGCAAUAUUUGCUUGCUCUCUGAGUGUGAAUACUGCAUUUCUCUCUCAAGGGAGGUAAAUUUAGGAGCCCUUGAAAAGUGAUGUCUUACAAAAGCUAGAUUGACAUGGCCAAAACUAAUGUCUUGCAAAGGGUGAUGCUGCCAUACACAUAUCCUGUGUUUACUUGGCAGAAGAGAGGAUGUGUGUGCCCAAAAACUCAGAUGAAGUAGAUAACAAAUUGUACUGAAUUAAAGCAAAACAUCCUUGACUUUUAACUAGGAGUUAAAAGUCUUUAUUCUGAACUGCAGAAUGAAAACUCGAGAAAACACGAGCAGACUCCCUGCCAG